GCCUCUGCUGAAUUUUCUGCUAGGAGUCUGAGUAAAUUUGCAAUGAGGAAUAAAAACGAAACUUCUAAGAAAAUGGCUUUGUAUUUUGUGGCUGUUACAGUAAAACCUGAGAAAGUCAGAAACUGUGUAAGUUGGAAACUGGAUUGUCAGAGAAGGAAAACUCAAAUAUUUUCCACUAAUAAACAGCGAUAGAAAAGUGGUAAGACAGCACCCUGUCAAAAGCGGAAAACUUGCAAGACCUGGAAAAACAAGGCAGGCCCAUCAAGUCGGGUUCUCACAGGUUUCACUGGACAUCUGGAUGUAUGACAAAAAUUGAUGUCAAAUCUUAUAUGUUUGUCAUUUCAUAAAUGCUAGAAGGAUCAUGCUGAUCUGGAAAGCUUCCAGAAAAAAAAAAAAAAAUUAGUGGUGGGUGUUGAGCACUGAGGGGCCUCACCCGCUCAGAAGCCAAAUUCUGAGCCUGGCCAGAUGGAUCUCCACCAGCCAGGAACUGGCUGCUACCAGGUGCUUCACAAUGAAGAGGAUAAUUCCGAAUUAUCAGCUAUAGAGCAACCAUCGACUUCAAACCCAACACCACAAAUUGUACAGACUGCUCCUUCAACACCGGUACUUGAAACUGACUCUUCUCCUCCACCUUACAGUAGUAUUACUGUGGAAGUACCUACAAUUUCAGAUACAGAAGCUUACAGUGAGUUUUAUCCUGUGCCACCUCCGUACACUGUUGCUACCUCUCUUCCUACAUAUGAUGAAGCUAAGAAGACUAAAGCUGCUUCAGUGGCAGCUGCAGCAGCAGAAACACCUCAAAGAAUUCAGGAGUGUCCACCAAGAGAUGACUUCAGGGAUGCAGACCAGCUUAGAGUGGGUAAUGAUGGCAUCUUCAUACUGGUGUUUUUCGUGGCAUUUAUUUUGAACUGGUUUAUAUUGUGCUUAUCCUUCUGUAUAACCAAUACCACAGCUGGAAGGUAUGGUGCUAUCUGUGGAUUUGGUCUUUCAUUGAUCAAAUCGAUCCUUAAUGUCAGGUUUUCUGAUUAUUUUACUGGAUAUUUUAACUGGCAGUAUUGGCUUUGAUGGAUAUUUCUUGCACUUGGCCUACUCCUUUUCUUCAGAGGAUUUGUCAAUUAUCUAAAAGGGAGAAACAUGUCUGAGAGUAUGGUAGCUGCUCACAGAACAAGCUAUUUCUUCUUCUUAUAAAGACUGCAUUGACCAGACAUUUCUUUCCUAUACCAAUGUGAAAUUUCCAGAUGAUUUGUAAGCCUACAGUUUUAAUAGAAGACUAUUAAUAACAGAAGAAAAAUUAGUGAAGAAAAGACACAGCUUCAAAAUUGAAUGCCAGGGUGCCUUAUGCUUAAAAGCUAUUUCUGUUCAUUCUCUUAAAUAUUUAUAUUUCAUUUGUUUUGCACAUUGGCAUAUGUGCUCAUUUAAAAGAUUUGCAUACACUUGAAAUAACAAUAAAGUUGAUAGCAGUAAAAUCCAGUCACAUUGGGUUAAUCAGUGUUUGAUGUAAUUGGAAGAGCUGAGUGAUAAACAGUCUUCCAGCGUGUAAGUGCCACUGACUUCUGACCUGACAUUUAGUAUAAUAAAUAUGAAACUAUUAACCAUGUCAAAUGCUUAGUUUCUGGCUCUUAGAUUUACCUAGUAACUCCACACAGAAAACAUCCUUUGUUUUAUAUAAAGUUUAUUGAAAUCUGCAGUGCUGAUAAUUAGAAAGGUUCUGUCAGGUUUAAGCCAUGAUAUUUACAUUAUUUAGCAAAAUUCGUUCUGUAAAUAACUGAGUUAAAUUACUAUGUCUAUUGUUUUCUUAGAAAUUGU